GGUCGUCAGCUCCGCGGGCUUUAAUUUUUGUGGUACAAUCAGGUUGAGUAGUAAAGACGAGUUGAUGGUUUUUUCAUCAACAGAAGAAUUGUUCGCUUGGGGUUCGUGCGAAGAAGGGCAAUUAACUUUAGAUAAAAAUGAUGCCUAUCAGAUUCUUAUUCCAAAAGCAUUAGAUGUCCGGAAUCUACCAACAUUAAUACAAAUCACUUGUGGAUACGCACAUACAGUCUUUCUAACUGUUGAUGGGGAAGUAUACAGCUGUGGAUGCAAUGAGUUUCAGCAGUUAGGCCACGGACAAUCCGGUGGUCAGUUAGCAAAAGUAGUUGCUUUAGAACACUACAGAAUAAUAAGCGUAGCUUGUGGAGCAUACCAUAAUGCUGCCAUUACUUAUAAUGGACUUUUAUUUACUUGGGGCUGCAACUCCAAUGGACAACUUGGUCGUGAAGGAGAUGACACAGGAGUUAAGCUAGUUCGAGCACUAUCGGAUCAUAAAGUUGUUCAGGUUAGCUUAGGUGUAGAACACACACUUGUCUUAACAGAUACUGCUCGUGUAUUCUCAUUCGGUUCCAAUCUUAAAGGCCAAUUAGGUUUAGGUUUUAGUUCAGAACAAUCGAUAUCAAUACCACAACAAAUUCUAUGUCUUUCCGGUUUACCUGUCCGUCGUAUAAUUGCAGGUGGUUGGCAUAGUUUUGUUCUAACUGUCAGUGGUUCGCUUUAUGCUUGGGGAUCUAACAAUUAUGGUCAACUUGGCUUAUCAUAUUUUGGCUCUUCACCAAAGGAUCAUCAAAAUGAAUUGACAUCAACGUAUGGUUCGGUUGGUAGUACCAGUGUUGAUGAUGAACAAUCGAAAGACCGUCCAUUUUCACUCCUUGAUACAAGUCUAAGUAAUGUAUCCAUUCCAACUUUUGUGAAAACCUUACGGGGUUGUGAAAUUGUUUAUUUGGCUUGUGGUGAAGCACAUACAGUUGCACUUACUCGAGAUGGCGGUGUUUUCACUUUCGGUGCUGGCAGAUAUGGUCAACUAGGUCAUAACGAAUCAACUAUCGGCAUAUCUGUACCACGUAAAAUUACUGAAUUUAUGGGUAAUGUUGUCACUCAAAUAGCUUGUGGUCGAUUUCAUACAUUGGCGCUAGUUCCCAAAACUGGUCGAUUAUUUGCAUUUGGUCAAGGCGCUAAUGCACAACUUGGUAUGGGCGAUACAACAAAUCGUUUAUUACCUUGUCCAAUUAAAGGACACUGGGUUUCAUCUCAUAACUUGAAUAGUAAAGAGUCUACUGUUGGUACCGAUUCUUCUUCCAGUAAACCUUAUGUAAUUCGACGAAUAUUCUCCGGUGGUGAUCAUACUUAUUUGUUAGCUCAAAUGUAUCAAACUGGUGAAAUUGUGGAUGCUGAUGAUUUGCGCAAUUGGAAUCGUUCAUCAUUACAAUCCAUUCUUACUGUUUGUCCUGAAAUUGUGGAACAACUUAGAAGUGCUCAUACUGCACUAGCACUUCCACCUCCAAUUUCUCGAUGUAUAUCACUUUCUUCAUCUCGUCCAUUAACAUCUCUCAGUUCUACAUCAAAUGAACCAAUGGCAAUUGUUUCAAAGGUUGAAUCUGUAUAUUCGUCUUUAGGUUGUUUAUCAGCAAGUUGUCUUGAAGAAAAGGAGCCAAACAGUCAUUUUAAAACAGGCCGAGAGGAACACGGUGUAGAUUUAGACUUAGCUUGUACAUUGCAGUCACAAAUUUUUCAUAUUCUACCGAAAAGAGAUUUAAAACGCUUGAUAAACAAACUAUUGGAUAAUGUUUUGUCAAUAUCACGUCUUAACUAUCCUAGUAUUGAAUGUCUCCGAGGUCUAAUGUUUCUCGCUGUAUCUGAUUUACUAAAUAUGCCUCGAAAACCAAUUAUAGACGAAGCAGUCCCUGACGUGAACAAAAUGGAUAUAACUUCAGAAAUGAAUACAAAUUUUGAACCGUAUCCUGUUCUGAGCGCAGGAUUUUCUACUCCUGGUUUAGUUUUGAAUGCUUAUUCAGUUGCUAUCAACAGACUUGAUCCAGCGCCUUCAAAAAUAUUAGAUCGGUGGUUUACAAAAAUGCAACCACGUUAUUUGAAAAAAUUAGUUCUGAAUUUGAAUAAUUUAAUUUCAUAUAUAUUGGACAUGCAACCAGCUUCAGCGUACAGUCAACGUAAAUUAAAAGAAGAAAGUAUUCGUCAAGCAUUGGAAUUUAUGAAACGUUUACAUCGAGUUAAUGAAAAUCAUCCCAAUCCAAUCUCUUAUAAUAGUUUUUAUCUCCCAUCGUUAAAAGAUAAAAUUAAUAUAGGAAGCGCAUUCGUAAAUUGGUUACAAGAAUGUAAUUCCGGUGGAAUGCGUUUCUUUUCAUUCUGCGAUUAUCCAUUUGUAUUUGACGCUGCAUCCAAAGCUGAAAUGCUUAACAUUGAAGCUCGUUUAACAAUGCAACAAGCUAUGUCACAAGCGCAACAGUCUGCCAUUUUUCAAAGUUUACUCUCACCAUUUAUUGGUUCACGUUUGUAUGAUGGCGGUACAACAUCACCGUACUUCACCAUUAUUGUUAGACGUGACAAUAUUCUUCAAGAUACACUUUCUAAUUUGACAAUGGCUAAUCCAGCUGACUUCAAGAAGUUACUUAGGGUGAAAUUCGAAAAUGAAGAAGCGGUAGAUGAAGGUGGUGUAAUGAAAGAAUUUUUCUUAUUAGUUAUGCGAGAUUUACUCAAUCCUGUGUAUGGAAUGUUUCGUUGUUACUCAGAAUCUCGAAUGUUAUGGUUUAGUGAAUCGACAAUGGAAAGUGAAAAUGUCUUCCUAAUGGUCGGUAUCCUAUGUGGUUUAGCUAUUUACAAUUCCAUUAUUGUUGAUUUAAGUUUUCCAUUAGCGAUGUUUCGUAAGUUGCUAGGUGAAACACCGGGAUUAGAUGAUCUAAAAGAAUUGGAUCCAAUUGUUGGUCGUUCUUUACAACAAUUACUGGAUUAUGAUAAUGCGGAUUUGGCUGAUGUGUUCUGUUUGAAUUUCACUGUUACAAUUGAUUAUUUUGGUGUCAAUAAAAUUAUUCCCCUGAUGGAAGAUGGUGAAAAUAUGAUUGUCACUCAAGAGAAUAAAAGUUUAUACGUUGAAAAAUAUGUUGAAUAUGUAUUUCAGAAAUCAUGUGAAACACCUUAUAAAGCGUUUGAAAAAGGAUUUCUUCAAGUUUGUGGUGGUUAUUCAUUAAAAUUGUUUCAACCAUCUGAAUUACAGUCUUUAGUUGUCGGUUCAGAAGUCGUAAACUGGGAUGAACUUCGUCAGAAUACAACAUAUCAAGGUGUAUAUUGGGAUCGACAUCAAGUGAUCAUAUGGUUCUGGGAUGUAUUAUUGUAUGAUUUUACUAUUGAAGAGAAAAAGAAAUUUUUACGUUUUCUUACUGGUUGUGAUCGUGUACCAAUUGUUGGUUUUAGUGGUGUGAAGAUUACAAUUCAACCAAAUAAUAGUGGUGAUGAUUUUCUACCUGUAGCACAUACAUGUGCUAAUCUAUUAGAUUUACCCCAAUAUAGUUGUAAAGAGAUAUUAGCUAAGAAAUUAUCAUUAGCUAUUCAACAAACAGAAGGUUUCGGUUUAGUUUGAUUAUAAAACUGUCAAUUUAUUCUUUUGGUUUUCAUUUCAUUUUGAAAUAAAUAUCCUUUUUGUGUGUGUGUGUUUGUGUAGAUAUUGCAUAAUUAUUACUUUUCUAUUGUUAUUAUUAUUUGUAAAUUCAAUUCAAUGAUUCUAUAUCAUUUUGAAUAAGAUAGAUAAUGAUAUAUAAAUAUACACUUUGGAAUAGAUAUAUAAUUGAUUGGAAGGAUUAUUAUUUUCAUUAUAAAUCUAUUUCAAUAUUGUAUAUCUGUUUCCCUUUAUUCUCUUUGUGAAUUCCUUCUUUUCUAUUUUCUAAUUGUGCUCUUUUUUUCACUUUAAUUUUGUGUGUACGAUUCUUGUAUUGUGUUGUAUUCUUUCUGAUUUCUCCUUUUUCCUCUUUCGUAAAAGUUAUAUUCAAAGUGGAAACCUAAUCUGUUUAACUGUUCAUCAUACUCACACUGCAACUACUCACCUUUUUUUUCUGUCGAAUAGGUUUACAUGUUUCAUUGGAUUGAAGUAAUUAAUUAAAUGAAUCUGUUUGUUUUCGUUUUUUCUUUGAAAAUCAGAAAACAUUUUGUUGCUAGUUAAUUGAAAAAGGAUAAUGAUAUCAUUUGGUUGUUUAAAGUAUAUUAAUUAGAGAG